AUGGGUACCGAUAUUUUAACUACAAUUGAACCAUCAUAUUCUUCUACAAAUUUACUAGUGGCUAAUAAAGAAUGGGCUAACUCUAUGAAAACAAAUAAUCCAGCAAUGUUCACACCAUUUGCCACAACAAAUCAUACACCACAUACAUUAUUUUUUGGUUGUUCUGAUGCUCGUUACAAUGAAAGUUGUUUAGGUUAUGCAACAGGUGAAGUCUUCACCUUUAAAACUAUCGCAAAUAUCGUGCUUGAACAAGAUUUAUCUGCCCAAUCUGCUUUAGAAUAUGCUGUUAAUGUAUUGAACGUUAAACAGAUUGUUAUUUGUGGUCAUACUGAUUGUGGUGGUAUUAAUACAUGUUUAUUAAAUAGAAGAAACGGUUUAAAGGAUUCAAGUUGUUCUCAUUUAUACAGUUAUUUACAAGAUAUUGAAGAUCUUCGUGAUGAUUUCGAUGAUAUUUCUCAAAAAGAUGCUAGUAUUACUAAACAAGCAAAAUUAUUAGCUUAUAGAAAUGUAAGAAAACAAGCACAAAAGAUUGCUGAAAAAGAUUUUAUUAAAACAGCUAUUCAAGAAGGUGGUUUAAGAAUUCAUGGUCUAAUCUAUAAUUUAGAUAGUGGUCUUCUAGAGAAAGUUGAAAUUCGUUAA